UCUCUAUUUCUUUCUCAAGCUCUCUGUUCAAAAAUGGCGGUCGUUUCAUGCCCUGCGAUUAGCCUGAAUCAGUCGAUAUCUCCUUCCCCCUUAGCACUCUCGAGUAGGAAGAACCAAAUCAGUUUAGACAGAACAAAGUUCCAGUUGAGAGCUUCAGCAGGUGAAGCAAAUCAUAGUGAAGAAAGGAAGAUGACGAUGAUAAGGAAAGAAAAAGAUGGAUGGAAGAUUGAUUUCUCUAGUGAAAAACCAGCCACACCAUUGCUAGACACUAUUAACUUUCCUCUCCACAUGAAGAAUCUCUCCAUUCAAGAUCUUGAACAACUAUCAGCUGAAUUAAGAGCAGACAUAGUUCAUAGUGUUUCACAGACAGGUGGACAUCUUAGUUCAAGCUUAGGAGUGGUAGAGCUUACUGUCUCUUUGCAUCAUGUUUUCAACACUCCAGAUGAUAAGAUCAUUUGGGAUGUUGGUCAUCAGGCGUAUCCACAUAAGAUUCUUACAGGAAGGAGAUCAAGAAUGCAUACAAUAAGGAAGACAUCAGGACUUGCAGGUUUCCCCAAAAGGGAUGAAAGUGUGCACGAUGCUUUCGGGGUUGGGCAUAGUUCAACAAGCAUAUCCGCUGGACUUGGUAUGGCAGUUGCAAGAGAUCUGCUUGGAAAAAACAACAAUGUCAUUUCUGUGAUCGGAGAUGGAGCCAUGACUGCUGGACAAGCAUAUGAGGCUAUGAACAACGCGGGUUUCCUAGAUUCUAACCUCAUUGUUAUCCUUAAUGACAACAAACAAGUCUCCUUGCCAACCGCCACUCUCGAUGGUCCUGCUACUCCUGUUGGAGCUUUAAGCAGUACUUUAACCAAGAUCCAAGCUAGCACCAAGUUCAGACAGCUUCGUGAAGCUGCAAAAAGUUUGACAAGGCAAAUUGGGCCACAAGCGCACGAGGUAGCUGCCAAAGUUGAUGAGUAUGCUAGGGGUAUGAUUAGCGCAACGGGAUCAACUCUCUUCGAGGAGCUUGGAUUGUACUACAUCGGUCCAGUGGAUGGCCACAAUAUUGAAGAUUUGGUCACCAUUUUUCAGAAAGUAAAGGAAAUGCCCGCACCAGGUCCGGUUUUAAUCCAUAUUGUUACCGAGAAAGGAAAGGGCUAUCCUCCAGCCGAAGCUGCAGCUGAUAAAAUGCAUGGGGUUGUGAAGUUUGAUCCUGAGACGGGAAAGCAGUUUAAGGCUAAAUCCCCUACACUUUCAUACACACAGUACUUUGCCGAGUCUUUGAUAAAGGAAGCCGAGGUAGAUAACAAGAUUGUGGCCAUUCAUGCUGCCAUGGGUGGUGGCACAGGACUCAAUUAUUUUCAGAAGAAGUUUCCAAAUCGUUGCUUCGAUGUAGGCAUUGCCGAGCAACAUGCUGUCACUUUUGCUGCUGGUUUAGCCACAGAGGGUCUUAAGCCAUUCUGCGCCAUCUAUUCAUCGUUUCUUCAACGAGGUUAUGACCAGGUGGUGCACGACGUGGAUCUUCAGAAAUUGCCAGUUCGGUUUGCAUUGGAUCGAGCAGGGAUGGUUGGAGCGGACGGGCCAACCCAUUGUGGGGCGUUUGACAUCACCUACAUGGCUUGUCUACCCAACAUGGUGGUCAUGGCUCCAGCCGAUGAAGCAGAGCUGAUGCACAUGGUUGCAACCGCGGCUGCAAUUGAUGAUAGGCCUAGUUGUUUCCGGUUCCCUAGAGGCAAUGGUAUAGGAGUUGCUCUUCCUCAUAACUAUAAAGGAACUUCUCUUGAGAUUGGAAAAGGAAGAAUAUUGAUGGAGGGAACCAGAGUGGCUAUUCUAGGAUUCGGGUCAAUUGUUCAACAAUGUGUAGAAGCAGCCAACAUUCUAAGAUCCCAAGACAUAUUCGUGACUGUAGCCGAUGCAAGGUUCUGCAAGCCGUUAGAUACCAAUCUGAUAAAGAGUUUGGCUAAAGAACACGAGAUAAUAUUGACUGCGGAAGAAGGUUCAAUAGGCGGAUUUGGAUCUCAUGUUACUCAGUACUUAGGCUUAAAUGGUCUUCUUGAUGGACCUUUAAAGUUAAGAUCAAUGGUCCUUCCAGAUAGAUACAUCGACCAUGGCUCGCCCCAGGACCAGCUUGAUCAAGCGGGGCUCUCGGCUACACAUAUAUGUGCAACGAUUCUUUCGUUGUUAGGCAAGCCCAGAGAAGCUAUUAUUAUGUUCAAGUGAGUGGUAUUGAAUCUUGAUCAAGAGAAAGAGUUGGCAUAGAUUUCAUAAUUGAGAUCUUCAUCCAGUUUUCAAUAAUGCUGUAAACCACAUUUUGGUUUUCUGUUAAUGACAAACUAAUAUAUAU